UUAUUUUUUUUUCUUGGUUUGGCUCUAUGCUUUAUCAGGUCUGUUUAAUAUUUAACAGUGGAAAUUAAGCAGAAGAUGAUUUAGCCUUAUAAGUAACAGUGUGGAGAACAGCAUGGUCAGUUGAACACUGAAGGGCUUCUGAUUUUAAUAAUUUGAAAAGAGGAUGAAGUGUAUCCUGUACCUGUGUUUACUCCUUGCUGAUCUUUGUGCCAUAACACAAUGCCACAGCACAGAAGUUUGCCAUGAAGUCAAUAAUACAAAUCUACAUGAUGGAACAGAGAAUUUAUUAAAGCACAACUGUCAAGACCAAGGCUCCAGCUAUGCAGAUUUUGUAUUCAAAUUUUACAAGCAGGCUAUAUCAAAAGAUGUUGAUAAAAACAUUUUUUUUUCUCCCAUAAGUAUCUCCACUGCCUUUGCCAUGCUGGCUCUUGGUGCUAAGUCCAGCACCCUGACUCAGAUUUUUGAAGGACUGGGCUUUGACAGUCCGACUGAGACUCGCGUAAAUUAUAUACAUGAAAGUUUUCAUAAAGUUUUAGCAGUACUGAACUGUACUGAUGUUAACAUCACUUUAAAUAUAGGAAAUUCCCUUUUCACUGCUAUUGGGUAUGAAGCUCAGGAGACAUUUUUACAAAAUACCAAACAGUUUUAUGAUGCAGAAUUUUUUACUAGCAAUUUCCAUGAACCAACAGAAGCUAAGACGCAAAUCAAUAAUUAUGUAAAGGAGAAAACUCAGGGGAAAAUACCUGAAUUAAUUGGUCAUCUUGAUACAAAUACUAUUCUGGUUCUUGUUAACUACAUUUAUUUUAAAGCUGCCUGGGAAAAGUCUUUUGAUCCUACACAUACAUAUGAGGAUGAUUUUUUUGUGAACACAAAUACACCCGUUAAAGUCAACAUGAUGCAGCAUCACAGUGACUAUAACAGUUACUAUGACCAGGAUCUCUCUUGUGAGGUGGUAGAGCUGCCUUACCAGGGCACUGCACGAGCAUUGCUCAUUCUACCUGAUGAUGGGAAGAUGAAACAAGUGGAAGAUGCUCUCUCAAAGGAAGCUGUUUGUAAAUGGGAUAGCAAACUUGAAACCAGAAGAGCAGAUCUGCACUUGCCAAAGAUUUCUAUUAGUGGGUCUUAUGAUGUGAAAAGUUUGUUCAAGGAAAUGGGUAUUAUUGAUGUAUUCUCUAGUAAUGCUGAUCUGUCUGGAAUUAGUGGCAGCCGGGAUCUUCAAGUUUCACAAGCAAUUCACAAGGCUCUGUUGGAAGUGGAUGAGACUGGAACUGAGGCUGCAGGAGCCACAGCCAUAAUUCUUACCAAAGUUUUCCGUCCUUCAGUUACAAUCAAAUUCAACAGGCCUUUCAUUGUGUUGAUUUCUGACAAAGCAACCAGCACCACACUUUUCAUGGGAAAAAUUGUUGAUCCUGCUAAGAAAUAAUUGCUGACUUAUUGGGCAUGCUGGACAUAUAUUUGGCAUGGUUUAUAAUGGCAGCCGUAUUUGCACAUCUGGGCUAGUUAGUGCUCUUAUAACUGCUCUGUAAUUAAGGGAUAUUCAUAGUUAAAUGUAGAAUUUCAUUAUCAAAUUAGUAAGCCAAAAAAAUGUAAAAAACAAAACAAGACAAAAACCGACAACCAACAGACAGUUUAAAAAUGUAACAUUUUCACAGUUGAGUAAUUCAAGUUAUUAAUAGAUUUUCCAAAUUUUCUUUGGAAGAUAGUUCUCUUGUUUUUGUAAGUGAUUUCUCUCUGCUAAGCAGUUUUGCCCAGACUGUUUUAAGUUCUGGAUUACUCAAAAAAAGCUUUUUCCCAAUGGGUAA